AUGUAUUACACAAAAAUCUUGAGAAUUAUAUUAACKGUUAUUUUGUUGCAAAGCAAGCUGAAAAAAGUACAAGCUAAGAGCAACUUUGAGCUCACCUAUACUGAGUUCAAUUGCACCGUUUUUGAUCCGAAGGAAUUUGUUGAGAAACUGUCAUGUUCCAUAAGCAAAAAUACGAAGCGCAGCAGCCUCUUUAUGGAGUUGGUAUUUAAAAAGGACUUGAAACACUUCAACAUUAAUUUUCUUGUUGUUCUGCCGCGACGUCCUGUGAACUUUGUGYUGUUAAAUUUAACCCAUUUGAAUGGCUGCCAAUUGAUGGCGAAUAGGGUUCAAGUGCCGUUCGUGCAGAUUUUGCUUAACUCGUUGAAACGCGUCAGCAACUUUAUGCAGGGUUGUCCUUACAAGCGCGACACCCUGUACUAUUUUCGUGGMUUACGCUUGAAUUUGGAUGCAAUGCCGGCGGUGUCAUUCGAAACCGACAUGAAGUUGUGGGUGGAUUUCAUGUAUGAACGUUCGAAGCUUUUUACAUUCUACAUMGAUAGUCGCAUACAGUUGAGACGGAAGGGGUCAGAGGCAAAGCAGGGAGCUUGA